UGGCACCCCCCCUCCCCACCACCACCACCUCCACCACCACUAGGUCGAGUCGAGGAGGAGGAGGAGGAGGAAGAGGAGGAGGAGGAGGGAUGAGGCGCGCGGUGGAGGGGAAAUGGCUGCCGAAAACAAGCCGGAAGGAUUGAAGAAGAUAAGAAAUCCAGAGCGAAUGGUCAGGAUUGCUGUUGGCUACACAGGACACACCCCUCCCAAGAGUGACGACACUGACGCCAACAAUGAGCCAGGCCAGUUGAAGAUCUACCUUCCUAAGAAGCUGCUAGAGUGUCUACCCAAAUGUUCCUCUCUGCCCAAGGAGCGCCAUCGCUGGAACACCAACGAGGAGAUUGCUGCAUAUCUCAUCACUUUUGAGAAACAUGAUGAGUGGCUGACGACAUCGCCAAAAACCAGGCCUCAAAAUGGCUCUAUGAUCCUCUACAACCGAAAGAAGGUGAAGUACAGGAAAGAUGGCUACUGCUGGAAGAAAAGGAAAGACGGGAAGACCACCCGAGAGGAUCAUAUGAAGCUCAAAGUGCAGGGAGUAGAGUGUCUGUAUGGCUGCUACGUCCACUCCUCCAUCAUCCCCACCUUCCAUCGUAGAUGCUAUUGGCUGCUGCAGAACCCAGACAUCGUGCUGGUCCACUACCUGAAUGUACCAGCAGUGGACGAUAGCGGGAAGCCAUGUGGUCCCGUCCUCUGCUCCAUCAACACAGACAGGAAGGAGUGGGCCAAGUGGAGCAAGGAGGAGCUCAUUGGACAACUCAAACCUAUGUGUGCUGGAAGCAGCCUGCAUCAGAAAUGUUCCAGUGUCAAGCAGCGCAUCAUUUCAUCCAAGCAGGAGUCAGGGGCAGCAGCAGGAGGUGGAGCUGCAGUGGGUACCGGCGUAGCGGCGGGUCAGAGAGCUGAAGAAGCAGAUGGCACCGAGGUCCAGAACAGCGACGUGUCAGAGGGCCAGACAGAGCCUAGUCCUGGAGGGGGCAGGGGGAGCAGAGGGGGCGGAGGAGAGAGGAGGAAUGGCAGGAUAACCAAACCCUCCUUACUCCCACAGAGUAGCAUGGAGGUGUCCUCCUCCACUUCCACUAACCAGGUGGAGGUCCCUGACACCACCCAGAGCUCCCCAUUGUCAAUCACCAGCGACAUGGCUGACAGCCCCGCUCUCGCCAUCGGGGCUGGCUUGUCGCAGAGCACAGCUGUGUUCAUGUCUGAGGUCACCACAUUGACUGGAGAUUCGGUUUACUCUGCUGGCCACACCCACCUGCUGGCAUCCACCCACGAGAGUACCACCGCUGGCAUCCUGUUAGCUGUUGCCCCUGAAAACCAGAGGUUUGCAUCGUUCUCUGGUGGGGUGGGCUUAGGGGAGGGAGGAGAGUUGGUUCUGUCCAGCUCCCUAGACUCUGGUGGAGGAGUCAGCCUUCCUGAAACCACCAUGACCUUUGACCCCGAUUGCUUCCUCAACAAUCCCAAGCAGGGCCAGACAUAUGGAGGAGGUGGAGGGAAGACUGAGGGGUGUAAUGGUGAUGAUGGAGGACUCCACUGUUCCUCUAACGGCUUUGUCUACAACCCAGGCCUCGUCAACAACAUCAAGACGGAAACGACGCCCCUGGAGCAGCCGCUGGCCACUCAGAGCAGCUAUGUAGGAGAGGGGACAGGCCUCAGCCCCAGCACCACCCUGGAGCAAAUGGACUUCAGUGCUGUCAUGUCAUCAGCCUGUGUCCCGAGUCUGAGCCAGACUGCACACCACCCCUCCCCAAGCCUCUUCCUCCAGGCCUCCCCCCAGACAAGCCAGGCCUCCCAGCUGCAGACCAACGGUACUGAGGCAACACAGGAGUCAGGAGAGGCCCAGGCUUACAUAGGUCUGCCCACAGUGCCAACAGACUCUCCGGUCACCAAUGGAGAUCCGCAUACACACCUCCACCAAGCCAGCCCGGACCAGCAGGCCCUGUGUGGACGGAAUGGACAAGGAGCAGCAGUGGGCUCUUUUCCCCUGACAACACAGGAUACUACAGUUGACCAGUCGGGUGGCAGGGGACACCGGGAGGUGGGGGGCUUAGACAAGGCUUCUGAGAAUGGAGGAGAGCUACUACUUAAGCCUGGGGAUCCUCACAAGGCCUAUGCGAGCGUGGACACCGAGCACUACCUGCAACCCACAGAUGACAAUGGAGGGGGAGAGGAGGGUGGAGGAGGGGGUGGUGGUGGUGGAGGAGGAGGAGGAGGAGGAGGGGGAGGGGAAAAUGAGAUUCUCUGUAAUGGCGUGAGCUUGCCGGGAGCCAACAAUUCAGUGGUGGCCAGUCCUCAGUCGAUAGCUGCUAGCGCGAGCAUCGAGGGGGCGCUCUACAGUUCUCCUCUCCCUCAGCAAGGUGGGGGGGUGUCAGCCACAUCAGCCGGGGCAGGGGCAGCCAUCAGCCUGGAAGGUUUUGAGGCUUCAUUCGGAAGCCAGUUCUCUGAUCUCAUCAAUGAUUUCAUCUCAGUCGAGGGGUCUGGGGGUGGGGUGGGAGCGGCCGUCACUGGGGUUCUAAUGCCCCAGGAGGGGGCAGCAGGAGAGGAGCAGGGUGCAGGAGCAGCCCACCUGCAGGGCUCGGAGGUGGAGCAGGGAGCUCUGGGACUGCUCCAGGAGACUGGGAGGCUGUUUGGUGUGACAGACUACUCCCCGGAGUGGUCUUAUCCAGAGGGUGGAGUGAAGGUGCUGAUCACGGGUCCGUGGUUGGAGUCGAGCAGUGAGUACAGCUGUCUCUUUGACCACAUCAGUGUCCCCGCCGCCCUCAUCCAGCCCGGGGUGCUACGCUGCUAUUGCCCAGCCCAUGACACAGGACUGGUGAUGCUACAGGUAGCUAUGGGCGGUGAAGUCAUCUCUUCCUCUGUGGUGUUUGAAUAUAAGGCGCGUGACCUCCCCGCCCUGCCAUCUUCUCAGCAUGACUGGCUGUCCCUGGACGAUACCCAAUUCAGGAUGUCCAUCUUGGAGCGUCUGGAGCAGAUGGAACAGAGGAUGGCUGAGAUAACCAAUCAGAACCCCAGCUCAGAAACCAUGGCGACCAAGGGCGGAGGAGUGGAGGGAGGAGGAGCCACUGAUCAGCAGUCUCAAAUAUCCCCCGAUCAGGGUUCAUUCGAGGGUCGCGUGGUGGUGGUAUGUGAGAAGAUGAUGUCUCAGCCAUGCUGGGCUUCUUCUAAUCAGCUCGUCCAUAGUAAGAACUCCAGAGGAAUGACCUUACUUCAUCUGGCUGCAGCUCAGGGCUACGCAGGGCUCAUUCAGACACUCAUUCGCUGGCGCACAAAGCACGCUGACAGUAUUGACCUCGAGCUGGAGGUGGAUCCUCUCAACGUAGACCACUUCUCCUGCACUCCACUAAUGUGGGCUUGUGCUCUGGGCCACACUGAGGCAGCACUGGUGCUUUACCAGUGGGACCCAAGAGCUCUGGCUAUUCCUGAUUCGCUGGGGCGCUUGCCGCUCAACAUUGCUCGAUCCAGGGGUCACACUCGAUUGGCUGAGCUCUUAGAGCAGCUGCAACAGACUCCUCAAGCUCAGGGCCAGCCUGCUGACACUUGGAUGGACAGGUGGAGAGGAGAGUCACAGACCAGCGGAAUAAGCAACAGCUCCACUCCAAACCCUAACUCAGAGCUGAGGAGAGCCAGAACAGAGAACCAGCCAGACAACCACAACCAGAGCUGGAGCCAAACAGGACACAGAGCCCCACAGGGAACCCAGGGAGAACAGGGAGGUCCACCCCCAGCCAAGAGACUCAAACCCAGCCCAGACACCCAGCAACAGCUAGCUAACUCCACCCCCAGCACCAACACCCUCAACACCUCCCCUAGUCCUAACCCUCAGUGUUCCCUCCUCCCCAACACCCUGCAACCUCAACCCUCCAACCUCAGCUGUCAGAACGCACCUCCAGCCAGCUCCAGCCCUAACCGGCCUCAGCUCCCCAGCACCCCAUUCUCCCACCUGCAGGCCAGGAUAGGGGGGUCUGGAGGGGGCACCAGGUGGAGUCUAAGACAGACUCUGGGGCAACGUAGCCUAGCCAGGAGGAUUUUAGGAAAAGAGCGACUGGCCAUUCACCUGCGCCAUAGAGUGCUGUCUGACAGGGGAGAGGAGACAGAGCUGCUGACCUAUCAGGAUAACACUGAGGACUUGCAGAUGGACAUCACAAUGUUAGCUGAUCACAUCAUGGAGGCUUCAACUGGUAGGCUUAAGCAGGAGGCAAUGGAGACUGAGACAGACUCUGGGAAGGUGGGAAUCAGCAGUGAUGUCAGGUUACUGUCUGGUUACCUCGGCGAGGUGGAGAGUUUGCUUUGUUCCUUGUUUGUCUCCAGGUUUCUGAACUCCAAGCCGCAGAAUCCUUGCCCCAAACCAAACUCUCUCUCAGGGCCCGAGGAUCACCAGAGUCCUCAGGCUAAGCAAGCCCCAUCCUCCCCCUUUGACUGGAGCUCCUUCCUCUGUGCAGCUAUGAAAGAGGAGAGGUUGAAAGCUGACUCCUCCUGUCUAGCCAUGACUGAAGCAGAGCAGGGAGAGCUGUAUGACACUAUCAGGCAUGCCCUGCACUCCCUCAGAAAACACAAGGGUCCCAUUCAGGAACAACGCAAAGAGAUUGCAGCAGUGAUUCAGCGCUGCUAUAAGAGAUACAAGCAGUAUGCACUUUAUAAGAGGAUGACCCUGGCAGCCAUCCUGAUCCAGAGUCGUUUCCGGAGUUUCCAUGAGCAGAGGAAGUUCCAGCAGAGUCGUAGAGCAGCGGUCCUCAUCCAGCAAUACUACCGCUCCUACAGGCACUCCCUCAGCAGCCUCCUAACUAAAAAACAGAACCAGGCUGCUCGCAAGAUCCUGAGGUUCCUGCUCCGAUGCCGCCACAGCCCCUUGAUGGACCAUAGGCCUCUGAAACGGGUGAGUCUUCUCUCCCUCUCUUCUCUCUCUCCCUCUCUCCUGGUGGCUGAUGCCUGUUUGCAUGUCAGCAGAGGGAGGAGGAGAGGUGGUCCAGGAUUAUCAUCCUUCCCUCUCGCUCUCUCUCUCUCUCUCUCUUCUUCCCUCCCUAUCUCCCUGUCUCUCUCUCUCUCUGUCUCUCUCCAAGGACUGCUGAAUGAUGUCGGUACUUGUGCAUGACUGACAGAUAGAUAGAGGAGCGAUUCUUGCAUACGGUCUUCCUGGGGGCAUGUUCUGACUGACAUCACUAGGGGACGUUAAGUGUCUUGCUUGGCCUGCUAGUCUCUUUUUUUUUUUUUGUGCCUGGACGAGUGGGGGAGGAUAACAGGUUGGAGAGUGUGUGUGUAUGUGCGUGUGCUGGGGGUGGUGUUGUUGAAUAACUUUUCCUGCUGCUCUGAGUUUCACCUUUGGAUACAAAAGUGGGGAAAAAAAAUCACUUUGCCAAAGACAUGUACAGUUACACACACAGAAGCACAUACACUAAUGUGUGUUUGGUUUCUCCUCAGGGCCAGAGAGCAGAGAAAGGCCAGGGGUCCUGAGAGCCCACCACCAGGCCCCACACACAGCCCCCUCAGCCUGUGAGCAAUCUAUACACCCUCCCUGCCCUCCAUCUUCUCCUUUUUCUUUCUCCUCUCUUUCAUCCUCCCCGAACUAUCCCCCUCUCAAUCCCCUUCCCCCAUUUCUCUUCCCCUCCUCUUUCCUUCUCUCCCUCCUUCACUCUCACCCUCUCUCCCCUCUUCUCUCAAGAGGGAAAAAAAAACUCUUCCCAGACAGACUGAGGACAGGAUAGGUGUCCAUCAUGGCAGCUCAGACAGACAGACUGCUGGGUAGAGCCCAGGGACCUGGCUCUGCCCACAGCACUGAUCCUCCUCCACAGUUUCACUGGGAGGCCAUCACAUUAACCUCAUGGCAUUCUUUGCACUCUUCAUGGGUAUGUUUCUUUGCAAGAAAAAAGGCAACGAGUCGAACGAAAGAACGCGAGGAAGCAUCCGACAACGACGUCCUUCCAUUCGUGGCAGCGACUGGAUGUGCCGAAAGGCACCAGCGAUGAACAGCUUGCUCAAGAUAACGGCUCCUUUGACAUGCAGAAAAAUAUACAAAACCUGUUGCGUUUUGUAUCCAAACAGCGAUCCAUGAAAGAAUAAGAAAACAUAAACCAAAAAACUCACUUCUAUGUUGCAUUUGCAUGCAAGGUUUUUUCGCUUAUUCCUCCUCUCCAUCAUCCUGAAGAGCUAUAGUGGCAAAUCAUUCUGCUGAUUCAGUAUAUCACAUUAUCACCAAUCACUCUGACUCACAGGCUAACAAACCUAUUAAUCAGUCACCCGAUCCAAAAGGGGAGGAACUGCACUUGAAUGUAAGAGGGGCAUUGUUAGAUAAAGGGUUGGGGUCUGAAUAACGAUGUCUUAAUUUGUUACAUGGACUUUGUAUGGAGUCGUUCUCAGAGGCAGCACUUUGCUCGCCUGACGUGGUGUGUCCGUGUUUGUUCAAUUCAAUGCAUGUGUUUGAGCUACAAGCUCCUGCAUGCUUGCCAAACUGCUUUAGUGUUGUUUCUUUUGUAUUUCUAUGUGUAGUUGUGUCUCACUUACGUCCUCAUCAACUUAUCCUUGCCCUGUGUAAUGUGAACUGUGUAAGGACAAAUGACUUGUUUUGGGUGCUUUUUUUUACUUUAUUUAUUUAAGGGUCUAAUUAUUAAUUUAAUUGGCUCAAGAGUGGUUAAGCUUGAGACUGGUUUUCCCCCCUUGUGUGGUAAAAUAUGACAUGUUCCAAUGGUUAAAUGUCUCUGUUAGUUUGUUCUUUGCGUGAACCUCUAAAUCCUAACUGUGGUUUUGAGGAGAGAGUCACAUACCAUUGCCUUGACUUCUUCUUGACUCUGAGAGGUCUCUAUGCUUGCUCUGUACAGGACAUGGGUCCUAUACCUGCCCCUAUACAGGGCAUUGGUCCCCAUAUUAGCCCAUAUGGGCGAUCAAAUCCAUAUUUUGGACUAUUGCAUAUUCCUGUAUAUAAACUGACGAGGUAAGGGGAUACGAGGACCCUGAAACUUUUUCAUAAGAGGACUGUAUUUAAGAUUAUAAAUUAUUUUACUCCCAUAAUGAGAACUUAAGACAGAGACCUGGGUACACAGGAUGGCUGUAUUGCUUGUAAAUAAUGUAGAUAUUACAAACGGAGUAAUGUGCAUGAGAUUUAAGACAAAGAAACAGCAAAAAGAACAUGUUAGUGGCUAUGGACUGUGAGAGGAUUUUAACUGCUUCACUUUAAGAGUAUCCAGUAUAAGUGUUACCGAAAAGAACAUUUUGUUAAAGCAUGCAACUGAAAAAUCUAAUGUUAGAAUUAUAAGUGGGAAAAACAAAGUUAGCUGAAACAAUGAUCUUUCAAACAAAAACAUUUACACUUUGUGCUUUUGUUUCUUGGCUAGCAAAAAUUAAACCCUUUUUGCCAGUAGUGCCAAUUAUUAUGAAUGCUAUUUUGCCUAACAAUAUGUUACGUUGGGGAAACCAACACCCAAAAGAUAUCAGUAAGAUCCACAGAGGCAACACAUGCACACAAACACACAAUAAACAGUAGAAGAGAUCUAGUACUAGCUCAACCGUAGACCUCCUACAAGUUCUGAAGUUUGUCUGAGGCAGACUUGCGUACAGAUGAUGAUGAUGGUGAUGGUGAUGAUGAUGCAAGUAUGAAAAUGAUACUAAUGGUGAUGAAGAUGAUGAUGAUGAUAAUGAUGAUGAUCGUUUUAUUGUGAAUGCAAUGACUGAUGACCCAAAAAGGGAAGAGGGCGCUACAUUCUUUACAAUGUGGUUGUGCUUCAGCAACAUACUAGCUUUUAUUAAGACCAUUAAUCACACCUACAGCGGAUCCAGCCUGGCCUCCAGUCAAAGCUUUCCAUCCUCAAACAGAAUGUCUCCUCCCCACUUUUUUUACAUAUCAUUUGAUUGAUUUGUCCUUUUUUCUCUCCUCAUCGUCACUGCCAUUACUCUACGACAUGUACUUUUGGACUUCUGGAAAGCUCUGUUUAGAAAGUGCCUGCUCAAUAACAGAAAAAGUGCAAGCUAAUAUCAGGAAAUAUCUAUUGUAUGUCCUCCAAAAAAAGGUUGCCAGUUACCUGUUUAUUUUCCUAAAUUGUGUGUUAAAAAUGAACUUGACAGUGUUAAACUUGAUCCGAGUCUCAGUUAGAAGCUCUAAUUUGUCAGUGGUAUGAAUGGAUGCUCAUGGCCUGAUUGAUGCUCUGUGUUGCUUUAUGAGACAAACCAGUAAUUACAGUUAUCACUUUAUGCCCCAAUUGUGUGUGUGCAGUAGAAGAAGAAAAACUAUAGAAUUCAGCCUCUGCGUAUGAAAGGCACUGUCGCAAGUCUAUUCCGACAUCCCCCAGUGUCGCUUUUGGGAGGAAGAUGUGUUUUUCUUGCAUGGACUCACUUUGUCUGUCUAUUCUUCAAAAAAAGUUGCAGCAUUUAAGUGAAAGCGUAACCCAGCAGUUUUCCAGAACAAAAUAACCUUCAUACAGACUUUCUUUCUUUGUCUUUCUCUUCAACUCACCCGUCUCACAAGCAAGCACACACACACACACACACGUGAACAUAUACAGUCAGACACAAAUGUACACAUUCACACACACACACACACACACACAAGAAGCCCACACUCUUUCUCUCUGUGCUUAUGUCUUUGGGAACAAUUAAAUCUCUCCCUUAGAUUUUACUCAGGGUUGAAGAACAGGGAGAUGGUAUGUGGAGUGCAAUGAUUGCUGACACAGAGUUGUUUUACCACUGAUGACUGUGUACAUUUGUGUAUGCGUAUGUACUGUAUGUGUACAUACUUGUGUAUGUUAGGGAUACUCCAGUUGUUUCAUCCACUAUUUAGUAUCCACAAAUUUUCAGAUCAUGCUCUCAAUCGACAAACUCCUUCUGAUAUAUCAGUCCCAUUUUGAAGCAGCGAAUGUGAUCUGUUUGCUUCAUCUCAGCUGUAUCGUGCAUCACUUUUUCUACAAGAAAAAAAAAAUAUCUCCAAAUCCCUUAUUUUAUAGGAUUUUACUUGGAUAUAAACAAAAUUGAAAGCGAGUAAUAAGUGAUAUUUCUAUUUAUACACUUGCUCUUGUCUUAAACGCACAAGAUUCUUAAUACAAACAAUUCUUAAAUAAUGCAAAAAUAGGUAAUGGCCACGUAUCACUUCAAUUUUCUUAUUUUAAAGGUUGAGGUUGAGAGAGAUAGUAAAUUGAGAGAUUUACAAUUGGAAGAUCUCUAUUAUGUGUGUUUCAUGUGUUUUCAUCACACUGAGAGACAGCCAUGGUUAGGACAGCGCUGUCAGGAGCAUUCAUGCUACAAUAUCACUCGAACCUCCUCUUAAACUGCCCCUCCUCUCACAUCAGCACAACUAAAGAACACUGCUUUCAACUCCUAUAUAUAUUGUGCACACACACACACACACACAUACACACACACACACACACACACAGAUACAUACACACAUACCAACUCCAAAUGCUUGCGCUUAUAAACAGACACAUAAUAAACACACAUAUACAAAACUAAACACACAGAUUGCAGAAAAUCCAUCAGUAUGUUCAUGUUUUUGGAGAGGAUGGUGACUGUAAAAAGAGUAUGUAGUGUAAAAAAAAAAAAAAAGUAGAGCAAAAAAUGAAAUAUUGCCAUAGUAGACAGCUGGUAGACAUGCGCAGAGAUGGCCUCUGUUCUCAUAAGUCCGCCUAGAAAUGAAUGGUAUAACCUUUCAGGCCUUGUUUUGAGAGGGCGUGGCCAAACUCCACAUUGCAUGCUAGAAUGGUAGAUCCUUAUAGAUAAUCUAUGGCUAGACCUCUCCUUGCCUUCCUCUUCUUUCACCCCGUCUUCCCCCCUCCCUCUCUCUCAUUUCCUGCUGUAUUCCCACCUUGCCUGCUGUUGUGUUCUCCAUGCCUAUCUCAGUCUUUCAUUCCUCUUUUUUUUGUAGCCUAGUUUUUACUUUUUUGUUUUACAAAUGUGCAUGCACAAGCAUCACUAAAUUGUUGAUGUUUUUAAAAGAAUAUUUUGUUGCUGAGGCCAUGCAAAGUGUUUUGAAUAUUGCCCUUAUAUGUGGAAAAUGUCUUCUGAAUGCUUUACAUAAUUUCUGCUGUAAAAUGAAAUCAGAAUAAAAAGAAAAUUUGCACUUUAA